CCGACCACUACCCUUGACGAGCCAUUGAGAGGAAGGUACGCAGGGAUCCUCCGCGUUCCCUGAUAGCCCAACCCGCGACUUGCAAUCUCAAUGUCGGCUCCGACAUUUUCUUGGGCGAGCUUGAACUUCAACUUUGGUCUGCAUCCCUCACCUGCUUCAUUGUCCGCCUGUUAGCUCUGGACCGCUCUUUCUAUGACUUCAGUCACCUACUGACUUCUUUCUUGGGAGCCUCGUUACUCGAUCAUCCACGAUGCCUGCCACAGAGGCUUUCCCGCUUCUCUCUACCCCCGAUAAAUUGACACCUCUAGGGGGCCCAACCAGCAUCGACAAACCACGAAUCCGAAGGCGGUCCAGCGGACUCGGAGGUGAGAUCAGAGCUGGGGAUACAAGUUCACCAGCGUUGGCCACACUAGACAUAAGGCCGCCGUCUCCCGGCACAAUCAAAGCUCAAAAAGACAGAGAUCGCAAGAAACCGUUCUCGAAACGGAGGAAAGCAAAAACCCUCUUUCAGCAAUGGAAGAGGUAUGCGUUGAAGCACACAUGGGUCACUCCCUUGGUCCUUAUUCUAAUCUUCCUCGCCUUAUUCGCAAUCAACCCGACCGAGUCGAAUCCCAUACAUCACUUCAUCUUCCUUUCCUACCGACUGCCAGCUGAAGCUGGGGCUGCAGCCGGAACACCACAUCAAUAUGGCAAGGGGUUAUGGGAUUGCGCAUUUGUCUCAUUUUACAUCAUUGUUCUCUCCUUCACAAGAGAAUUCAUAAUGCAGAAGUUCCUGCGGCCCAUGGCAAAAAAAAGUGGUUUGAAGAGUAGGGCGAAACAGUCACGAUUCAUGGAACAGAUGUAUACCGCCAUCUACUUUGGAGUCCUGGGCCCUUGCGGUUUAUAUGUCAUGAGCCGAACGCCAGUGUGGUAUUUCAACACAAGGGGUAUGUACGAAGGGUUCCCGCAUAAGACGCACGAGAGCAUAUUCAAGUUCUACUACCUUUUCCAAGCUGCAUAUUGGGCGCAGCAAGCUAUAGUUCUUUGCUUGGGGAUGGAGAAGCCGAGAAAAGACUUUAGGGAGUUGAUUGGGCAUCAUAUUGUGUCACUGGCUCUGAUUGGGUUGAGCUACCGCUUCCAUUUCACCUACAUGGGUCUGGGAGUCUUUAUCACUCAUGAUAUUAGUGACUUCUUCCUCGCUACUUCUAAAACCCUAAAUUACCUCGACCACCCCCUUGUUGGCCCAUAUUUUACCCUCUUUAUUUUCAUGUGGAUUUAUCUUCGCCAUUACAUCAACCUUCGAAUCCUCUGGUCUGAAUUCAACGAGUUCAAAACCGUCGGCCCUUACGAGCUUGACUGGGCGGCCGGGCAGUUCAAAUGCGACCUUUCGCACUAUAUCUCGACCGCCCUCCUAGCGAGCUUGCAAGGGCUGAACCUUUUUUGGCUAUACUACAUAUUCCGAAUCGCAUACAGAUUUGUAUUCCUUAAUAUCGUGGAGGACGACCGAAGCGACAACGAUGAGAAUGAGUUGGCGGAAGAGCAAAGAUUGGAUGCUCUGGCCCGGCAGGGCAUUGACGAAGUCCCCGGCCCAAAGGUGCUGGUAAACGGCGCGCCAGUGAACGGAAAUGGAGUGGCAACGGCGACAGAGAUCCGAGUGAACGGAACGACGAAUCGGAGGGAAUCUGCGCGGAAACCUUGAUUCAACCACUUGGAGCAUGGAUCCUUGUGUGGCGUGGGGGGCUCAGAGCCGCGAGGUGGGGGGUUGUGGUAGCCUCUUCGAGGUUUCAAUAACAGGCGAGGGAAGUCUUCAGAGACUGAGACCUCUUCGAGGGUGUGUGAAGACUGGCUCUACUGCCCAAGACGGUCGUUACAAAGCUCGAGCUGGUUCAGUGUUGAGUAUUUCUCAGUUGGAACGAGGCUGUUAGAACCUCCACUGUCGUUCCGCUUCUUGUAUUGAUUCUAUCAGAUAAAACCUGUAAUAAAUCACAUGUCUAUGGCCUAUAUCCAGGGAUUUAGAUUUGCACCUGUUGAACUUUUCCCGUUAGUCUUGACUUCAUGACAAUUCACCUGGUCUCCUUGUCUGCUUAUCCGUUUCAGCACAAAAAAUGCGAGUAAAUACACUAAAAUCCCUAUAAGGGAUGCUGGAUAACUAUAAACAUGGGAGACAUUUGCAAAACCG